AUGCACCAAGUGUACAUAGUGAGUUUGUCACACACUCGCAGUUUAUUGCAGCACUCGAGCAAAAUUUUGCAACUGAGUAAUGGCCCGAUUUCCAGUAGUAUUCGUGGAUUGACUAUACCAAUUGUAGUAGAACAAACUGGUCGUGGUGAACGUUCUUAUGAUAUAUUUUCUAGACUUCUUAAAGAACGUAUAAUUUGCGUUAUGGGAGAGAUCAAUGAUCAUGUCGCCUCAUUGGUAAUAGCUCAGUUAUUGUUUUUACAAUUUGAAAAUCAAAAAGCCACAAAUAUGUAUAUUAACAGCCCCGGUGGUAGUGUUACAGCUGGUCUAGGCAUUUAUGACACUAUGAUGUAUAUUAAGCCAGAUAGUUCAAUUUGGUGCAUAGGACAAGCUUGUAGUAUGGGAAGUAUUUUACUGGCCGCAGUGGCAAAGGGUAAAAGGCAUGCAUUGCCUCAUUCAAGGAUCAUGAUUCAUCACCAUCAGCCAUCUGGCGGAAUGCAGUCGUUGAACGGAAUCGUCGGAGAGUUUUUCGUGAAGGAACCGAUGUGCACCGCCGCCCAAUGGUCUUAUGAACGUUUUUCGUUAGUAGUGCGCGAAAACCCCAUCGAGUAA